UAGACAGAAGCAGGCGCGGCCCCUCGUCUCUCGGCGCUGCCUGCUCCCCCCGCACCGGGCGCGGCGCUCCCCGCCGAGCAGCCGCCCGAGCGCCGCCGGGCCCGCGGGACUGCCUGGCCGCUUGCGCUGCCCCGAUGAUGUUACCGAGCCCCGUCACCUCCACACCCUUCUCUGUCAAAGACAUCCUCAACCUGGAGCAGCAGCAGGACCCGCACUAUGGGGCCCAGCUCCCGCACCACCUGGAGCACCACUUCCACCCCGCUGCCUGCCUGCUGGCGGCCGCCGACGGCGCCCGCUUCUCCGACGGCGAGGAGGAAGAGGAGGAGGAAAAGCUCUCGUACCUGAGCCCCAUGGCAGCGCCCGGCAGCCAGGCGGACGCGCGGAUCUCCGCCGACAACUACGUUCACGCCGUGCUGCGUGGCUCCUGCGAGGCUCCCGGCCCGGGAGAAGAGCUGGACCCGGCGGUCCGAGACCCAAGUGAGUAUCGCUGUGUUUUGAAGAAGCCGCUGGACGCGGCGGAGAAGGCGGAGGAGACGGAGAGGCCGAAGCAGCGGAGCCGGAGGAAGCCGCGCGUUCUCUUCUCCCAGGCGCAGGUCUUCGAGCUGGAGCGUCGGUUCAAGCAGCAGCGUUACCUGUCGGCGCCCGAGCGGGAGCACCUGGCCAGCAGCCUCAAGCUCACCUCCACGCAGGUGAAGAUCUGGUUCCAGAACCGGCGCUACAAGUGCAAGCGGCAGCGGCAGGACAAGUCGCUGGAGCUGGGCGGCCCCGCGGCCCCGCCGCCGCCGCGCAGGGUGGCCGUGCCCGUGCUGGUCCGUGACGGCAAGCCGUGCCUCGGCGGGUCGCAGGGCUACAGCUCUGCGUACAACGGGCCCUACUCCUACAAUGGCUUCCCCGCCUACGGCUACGGCAACGCUGCCUCCUACAACCCCGGCUACGGCUGCACCUACCCGGCGGGCACCGGCGGCGCGUCCAUGCAAGCCGCCUGCAGCCCGGCGGCGGCCGCCAGCCCCUUCGUGAACGUGGGCGGCCUCGGGGGCUUCAGCGGCGGCGGCCAGCCGCUGCACCAGCCGGCGGCGGGGCCUUCCUGCGGCCAGGGCGCACUGCAGGGCAUUCGGGCCUGGUAG